AUGGUCCUGCAGGCGCGAGCAAAGGGCAGCGCCUUGGCAUGCCACAGCUAUUCCUGGAGCAGCGGGUCUUCCAGAAAAACCUCCCACCGNCGCCCCUUCGGCGGUGCCUCCCCGGUCUUCUCCCGUGCCUCCUUUGGGGGCAAGGGCAGCAGUGGCAGCUCCGUCACCUCCCGUGUCUACCAGGUGUCCCGCACCUCAGCUGUCCCCAGCCUGUCCAGCUUCCGCACCACCCGCGUGACGCCCCUGCGCUCCUACCAAAGUGCCUACCAAGGUGCCGGCGAGCUGCUGGAUUUCAGCCUGGCCGACGCCAUGAAUCAGGAGUUCCUCCAGACCCGCACUAACGAGAAAGUGGAGCUGCAGGAGCUCAAUGACCGCUUCGCCAACUACAUUGAGAAGGUGCGCUUCUUGGAGCAGCAGAAUGCCCUCAUGGUGGCCGAGGUGAACCGCCUGCGGGGCAAGGAGCCCACCCGCGUGGCCGAGAUGUACGAGGAGGAGCUGCGGGAGCUCCGGCGCCAGGUGGACCUGCUCACCAGCCAGCGGGCUCGUGUCGAAGUCGAGCGCGACAACCUGCUUGAUGACCUGCAGAAGCUCAAGCAGAGGCUGCAAGAGGAGAUCCAGCUGAAGGAGGAGGCUGAGAACAACCUGGCUGCUUUCAGAGCUGACGUGGAUGCAGCCACGCUGGCACGCAUUGACCUGGAAAGACGCAUCGAGUCCCUGCAGGAGGAGAUUGCCUUCCUCAAGAAGGUGCACGAAGAGGAAAUCCGGGAGCUGCAGGCUCAGCUGCAGGAGCAGCACAUCCAGGUGGAGAUGGACAUCUCCAAGCCUGACCUGACGGCUGCGCUGCGGGACAUCCGUGCCCAGUAUGAGAGCAUCGCUGCCAAGAACAUCUCUGAGGCCGAGGAGUGGUACAAGUCCAAGGUGUCUGACCUGACGCAGGCGGCCAACAAGAACAACGACGCGCUGCGGCAGGCGAAACAGGAGAUGCUGGAAUACCGGCACCAGAUCCAGUCCUACACCUGCGAGAUCGAUGCCCUCAAGGGCACGAACGACUCGCUGGUGCGCCAGAUGCGGGAGAUGGAGGAGCGCUUUGCAGGGGAGGCCAGUGGGUACCAGGACACCAUCGCCCGGCUGGAGGAGGAGAUCCGGCACCUCAAGGAUGAGAUGGCCCGGCACCUGCGUGAGUACCAGGACCUGCUCAACGUCAAGAUGGCCCUGGACGUGGAGAUCGCCACGUACCGCAAGCUGCUGGAGGGCGAGGAGAACCGGAUCAGCAUCCCCAUGCACCAGACAUUUGCCUCCGCACUCAAUUUCCGAGAGACCAGCCCAGAGCAGCGUGGCUCCGAGGUGCACACCAAAAAGACCGUGAUGAUCAAAACCAUCGAAACCCGUGACGGGGAGGUGAGGGCAGAGUGGCACCGGGGGGCGGUGCCCGUUCCCGUUGUGCUGACGCACUCGUCCCUGCUCCUGAUUCCCAGCCGCCGGCCCUCGCUGCCGCCUUUCUGGAGCAGCUGA